UGAAUAGCAUUAGAGUAGAGUGCUGCGCGUUGUAAUACACAGAACAAGAAUAAUUAUUUAACUAAAAGCGGUCUCCGAUCUCAUACUCAUGGAAUAAACAGUCACAGUUUAUUACAAUUCAUAGUUGAAACAAGUUGUGUGUGCAUUUAUAAUAAAAGACCCCGUAGAACUUUGUGUGUUCGAAUAUAAAAAUAUAAAUAUUAACACAAAAUAAUAUAAUAAUAUCGUGUGUAUCGUUCGUUGUGUAUAAUAGUAGGAAUCGCGUAAUGCAAUACAGGAAUGUAGCAGUAACCUGUUGCUUUUAUUCGAUUAAUUCUUUGUUUAUUUUAAUUAUGUAGUUUCAAGAAUAAAAAAAAUUAUGUUUUAUAUUGUUUUUAAGUGAUUCAUUUUUAUUUCAAAAAAAAUUAAUUAUUAUUUUAAGUGCUUUUAUUUUUAUUUUAUUUAAAGUGUUUGGUGUUUUGGUUUUUUUUAAUUGAUCAUCAUGGGAUUAACAGGAUCUCGUAGUGAAUCGCCAACUUUGUCAGCACCCCCUGAUUGUAUUGGGGGUGUAACAACACAAACAAAACAACAUCAUGUGAGACAACCAAGUAUUCGUACUAAACAACCAAUGCCUGAUCCAAAUGAACUUGAAAAAAGAUUUACGAAAGUUUUGGCGUCCAUGGAUUUACCACCAGACAAAGCAAAACUAUUAAAAAAUUAUGAUGAUGAAAAGAAAUGGGAUAUUAUCUGUGAUCAGGAAAUGGUACAUGCCAAAGAUCCGCCAUCAUAUUAUCUAAACAAGUUACGCACAUAUUUAGAUCCAAAAGCAUCCAGAAGUCAUAGAGUAAGUUACCAUUUUUUAUUACAGAAACGAAAAAUGGUUGGUGAAUCAACUUCAACGCAAGUUUUGCGAGAUCUAGAAAUUUCAUUAAGAACAAAUCAUAUCGAGUGGGUUCGAGAAUUUUUAGAUCAAGAUAAUUUAGGAUUAGAUGUUCUAAUUGAUUAUCUAAAUUUUCGUCUAAUGAUGAUGCGUCAUGAACAAAGAAUAAAUGAAUCUCGAACCAGUUCUGAAGAAGGUUUAGGUACAACUGGUAACAAUACGACACACAUGAAUAACACAUCACAUAAUAAUGGAUAUAUACGACCUCCAAUUGAUAUCACAGAUAGUCCAGGUCUAAAAAAACGAUCCAAACAUGUAGCGAAAUUAAAUAUGGGUGAAGCCAAAGAUGAUAUCCAUGUCUGUAUUAUGUGUAUGAGAGCUAUUAUGAAUAAUAAGUACGGUUUCAAUAUGGUUAUUCAGCAUCGAGAAGCAAUAAAUUGUAUAGCACUAAGUUUAAUACAUAAAAGUUUAAGAACAAAAGCUUUGGUGCUGGAAUUGUUAGCUGCAAUAUGUCUAGUCAAAGGAGGUCAUGAAAUUAUUUUAUCAGCUUUUAAUAAUUUCAAAGAAAUCUGCCAGGAGGGUCAUCGAUUCCAAACAUUAAUGGAAUAUUUUAUAAACUAUGAAAAUUUUCAUAUUGAAUUUAUGGUUGCAUGUAUGCAAUUUGUAAACAUAGUCGUACAUUCCGUUGAAGAUAUGAAUUUUCGGGUACAUUUACAAUACGAAUUUACUGCACUGGGAUUGGAUGGUUAUUUGGAACGUUUGCGACAUACCGAAAGUGAAGAAUUACAAGUACAAAUUUCUGCCUAUUUGGAUAAUGUCUUCGAUGUGGCUGCCUUAAUGGAAGACAGUGAAACAAAAACUGCUGCACUUGAAAAGGUUGCAGAAUUAGAAGAUGAAUUAGGGCAUGCACAUGAUAAAUUAGCUGAGGUUGAACGGGAAGCACUUGCAAAACUUGCGUCUUUAGAAACCGAAUUAAGUCAAAUACGUGCUGAACGUGAUGAGUUGCUUGAAACUCGACGACAAGUUGAUGAAGAAGUAUCAACACUUCGACGUGUUGUCAAACAACAUGAACAAGAAUCGAAAAAUCGACAAUCAUUACUUGAAUCGAAAAUAUUAGAGUUGGAAUCUCUUACAAAAUCAUUACCUAAAGGUGCAACCAGUAAUCUUGCUGAUCUCCUAAAUCACACGAAAAAUGGUGAUUUUACAGACUUUAAGAAACCAAAUUCACCUGUACCCCCUCCACCACCACCAAAAAUGCCUUCUACUCCUUCAAAUGCAGCACCUAUACCACCUCCACCACCACCUUGUCCGCCACCACCUCCAUCCAAUCAUAGUCCACCAAAACCACCACCAUUUAUACAAGCCCCACCGCCUCCAGCUGGUAUGAUGCAAGCACCAAAUGGAGCUAUGACUAUUAAACGAAAAGUACAAACUAAAUAUAAAUUACCAACACUUAAUUGGAUUGCAUUGAAACCAAAUCAAGUAAGAGGAACCAUUUUUAAUGAAUUGGAUGAUGAUCGAUUACAUAAUCAUAUCGAUUUCACUGAUUUUGAAGAAAGAUUUAAAAUUGGUGUUAGUGGGCCUAUGGUCAAUCAUGGUGAUGAUGAAGUUGAAGGCUUGGGUAGUUUUCCAAGUAAACGAUUUAAAAAACCAGAAAAUAUAUCAUUAUUACAGCAUACCAGACUUCGAAAUAUUGCUAUUUCAAGAAGAAAACUUGAAAUGCCAGUUGAAAAAGUGAUAACAGCUGUAAAUUCGUUAGAUUUGAAAGCGUUGCCAUUGGAUAAUGUAGAAUUAUUACAACGAAUGGUACCAACUGAACAAGAAACCAAAGCAUAUCGUGAAUAUAUAAUCGAAAAGAAAAAUAUUAAUUUAUUAACAGAAGAGGAUAAAUUUCUUUUACAACUCACUAAAGUUGAACGAAUAUCUGCUAAAUUAGCAAUUAUGAAUUAUAUUGGAAACUUUUUUGAUAAUCUUCAUUUAAUAACACCACAAAUUCAAGCUGUGAUAUCUGGAUCUAGUUCCGUAAAAAGUUCUAGAAAAUUAAAAUCUAUAUUAGAAGUAAUUUUAGCAUUUGGUAAUUAUUUAAAUAGUGGAAAACGAGGGCCAGCAUAUGGAUUUAAAUUACAAUCAUUAGAUACAUUAUUGGAUACUAAGUCUACAGAUAAACGAAUAUGUUUAUUACAUUACAUAGUUGCAACAAUUAGAAAUAAAUUUCCUGAAUUAAUGAAUUUCGAUUCAGAACUUUUAUAUAUUGAUAAAGCAGCAACAGUGUCAUUAGAAAACGUUGCAACAGAUGUAACUGAAUUAGAAAAAGGUAUGGAACAAGUACGAAAAGAAGCUGAUGUAAAAGGAAAAGGUCCGCAUAGUAUUGUAUUACGUGACUUCUUAGCAAACACUGAAGAAAAAUUAAAACGUCUAAAAGCCGAUGCUAAAGCUGCACAAGAAGCAUUCCGAGAGUGUGUUGAAUAUUUUGGUGAAUCACCUCGUACUAUCGAUGCAAAUACAUUCUUCUCUCUUUUAGUUCGAUUCGCUAGAUCUUUUAAGGCUGCCGAUCAAGAAAAUGAACAGAGACGAAGAUUGGAGCAAGCUGCAAUUAAUGCAUUGAAUAAAUCCAAUCAAGAAGUGAUAAAAUUGAAUAAAAUUAAUCAGAAAAAGCAGCAGGAUGCUGUAAUCAAUGAAUUAAAGAAUAAAACAAAACUUGUAAAAGAGAAGAAAUUAUUACAUCAAGAUGAAGUGUAUAAUGGUGCUUUAGAGGAUAUAUUACUUGGAUUAAAAAGUGAACCAUACCGGCGGGCUGACGCAGUACGACGAAGUCAACGACGUCGAAUCGACAGUAAUCGUUUAUCACGUACAAUGGAGGAACUUGAAUUUUAAUUUUUUUUUUUUUUAUUACCGAAUGUGAUUUUUUUUAAUCGAUGAUUAAUUGACGCACAAACGCUUGUUGCAUUUUUGAGCUAUGCGAUAAUUAUAAAAACUAUUUUAAUUGACUUCGAAUUGAGUUUAUUUUAUGUACAAAUUACAUUCCAAUAUAGAAUAUCUCGAAAAUGCCAACACAAUAAAAAUGUUUGAAUAACUUUAAUUGUAUUAUUCAACGAAUUAACUUUACAUUAAUAAUUUACUCCUAAAAGAUAAUUUUAAAAACGAUAGAUUGCUCGAUACAAGCCGCUUUAGGCGUUUGCAAGUUCAAAAGCGAUCGUUGAAUGUGCUAAAAAAUUAUCGGCCAGUAUACUAUUGCAAAUUAUUUAUUUCACUAUUUUGCAUGAAAGCAUAUCGAUACUUCUUGUCAUCAGUUUGACAUUUAUCGAUCGCCAACUUUUCUUUUGUGUUCGAGAAUCCGCAUAAUCGAGACGCAGGUAAUAUAUGAAUAGGGAAUAUUCAUUAAAUUUAAAUUUGGUUCAAAUAUUUUUCUUCCGUAACUUUAAUGA